AUGCUUCCCUCCACCUCUUCGCAGGUGCUGUUUGAGAACCCUUCCGAGGCGUGCGGGCUGCAUACGAUAACACCCUGCUGCGCCAUCGACGUGCAAGGCUUGUACAUCGAAUUAGGUGCUUCUCAGUGCCCUCACAGGGAUCGUGAGAACGCUUUGCGUACACUUGAAGAUCUCUAUGAUGUUGUUAACACCCAUCGCGAAGUAUUGGCGGGCUCGGAGUCCCUACAGACAGGGAUACCCAUUUCUAAAACACAACACGCACUUCAAAACACACUGGAAUAUGUGCGAUGUGCUAUAGCCCAUCUCUCUGGUACAGAUGACAAGGGUAGACCUUCCGAUGACGUCGUACCACAUGGCGAGAGGGAGGUUGCUGCGGUUUUUCGAAACGACGUUCAACAACUUUCUGAGGCAUUACGACAGCAGAACUAUAUUCGCUUCAGUGCAGCGUCAGGAAGCUUAGCAGAUGCGAAUCGUCAUGCGAUGGAGAAGUGCCCUCUCAUCGCCGCCUGUCUCAGCCCGGGCUUGUUCUCCAUUAGUUGCGGGAUCCAGGCAGCCGCUGUCGCGCUCGCCUGCGGCUUUCCACACGCUGUCUGGUUUCCCGCACCAGAGGUGUCCUUCUCAGCGCUUUGGUUAAUUGCCAUGCUGAGGAAGGCUUUGGUGGGUCAGAAGUGGGAAAGCGCGCCGUCGCAUGAGCUAGCUGGCGAACUAUCACAAGGAGUGGAUUCCCUUCGUUUUCACAUCAUGAUCGUAUCCGAACCGAUUGAGAGCAUUUCAACUGCAUCGCAGUGCCUGCUUAUCGAAACCUCCCCCCCGCGCGCCCCUGCGGCGCUCGUUCCCAUCACCUAUGGGUACACCCCGGGCUCUGUGGCGGAGCUCAGUGGUCGCCUUCGCGGUGCCGUCGCGGUCCGCCGACCCGCCGAGGAAGGGGUGGGGCGGUCCCCCCCCGACGACCCCCCUCCCCUUACCCUUUCCAUCCCCACCCUGCAGCUCUCUACCCCAAACGUCGUCGUCGUGAUGCCCACGACGGCGUCAGAGGGGCUCUUCACACACGCCCUGGCGGCGCCGUCGGGACCACGGACAGCUACCCCACUGCGCGCCCCUCUGGCCUUCGCCCCGGCCCCCGCGCUACCUCGCCUCUUUCGAGGGCUCCUCCGCGACGCCCCGCUUCGCGUCGGCCACAGCCUCGACCCCAGCCUCCGUGACGUGGGUGGCCCCCUCAGCUCAGCCGCCCACGUGGCAGUGGUGAAGGCAGUCCUGCAAGAGGCCGUUGGCGGCGGAGGCACCCCUUCUUUCCCGCCCUGGGCGCAGGUCGGCGGGGGGUUCGACCUCCCCCUCACCACAACGCGUGCGGGGGGGUAUUACUUCGUGCCGGGGGUCCUCUGCGCCCCGACACGGAUUUCCCUCCGGCGGGAUCCUUUAGCGGCAGCCACAGACCCCAUCAAAGAAGUGCGGGCGCAGGUUAGGGCAGUGUGCCACACCGUCGCCACGCUCAUUGAUCCGCUGGAGCGACGAUUUGGUGGGACCUAUGGUGGGGUCUGCUUUAUGUGCGCCUACGACACCGAGGUAUCGAAUAGCAUCGUCGAAUGUGUCACAACGGUGGCCGAGGAAAUGGGCUGGGGCGUUCUGACUAUACAGUAA